GGUAGAGAAAAGAAGAGAGAAGAGAGAAAUAAAGGAAAAAAGAAAUUAAAAUAGUGGCGUGUAUGUGUGUGCGUGCUGUUGUAAAUACGUUCGUGCCGAACGAUCUGUGCAACAAUUUGAAUUUCGCGCUGUUCUUAUACGCGCGUGUCACGUGCAAUAGUUGACCCUACCUAGGAAUUUCUUUUUUUCUUUUCUUCUUCUUUUCACGGUUUUUUGUUUGUUCUUGUUGGUUAUUCUAGUUUUUGUUUCUUCUUUUUGUUUUUCCUCGUGAACUCUGUGUUUAGUACUUAACUCGUUACUUCGAGUGAAAAUAAUCAAUAAACAACAACAACAACGAAAACAACAACAAAAACAACAACAACAACAAAAACAACAACGAGGAGGGUAGUCACUCGUUGAACGUUCGAUGCUGACGAAUCGCGUUCUGACGAAGAGAAGAAGAAGAAAAAGAAGAAGAAGAGGAACUGGGGGAGGAAUAGGAGAAGAAAUAGAAGAAGAAGAAGAGGAGCGUUUUCUUUCUCCCCUCUACCAUACCCGACACUCGCGUCGCGACGAUAAUAAACAUCGGGAAAGAGAUAAAGUUUUAAGGAGGGAAAGGGAAAGAGAAAGAGAAAGAGAAUCUAGAGUGCGCCAGCGCAUCCACCCUCUUUCUCUCGCCUUCUUCUUCGCCAACCACGUCGACGUGUAGGUAAAUGAGAGUUCAAGGUCAGCCGAGCGGUACUCGACCUAACCUCCUUCGUCUUAGUCGUGUCGUCGUGCGAAAUCGGGAACCACGAGGAGGAACGUUGGUAGUUUUACCCCCACCUCCUCCUCCUCCCCCUUUCAAAGAGUUCUGAGGAGAAAUAAGAUAGAAGAGGGAAUACACUUUUCUCGAGACACGCGUAGUAGUAGUUGUUCGAAAAUCUCCUCCGAGCUUCGUUUAAACGAAGUUAGUAGGGAGAAGUAGGGCUGACAGACACAGAAAGAGAAAGAGAAAGAGAAAGAGAGAGAGAGAGACUGUCACGCUAUUUCGGGAACGCGCGAUCUAAAGUGCGCCGAGAUAUACGUUGAACGUAAAUAAAUAUACGUGCCCGUCGAGCUCUUCCACCGGCUCGCGUUCUCUUCUUCCCUUCGUAAAAGAGAAAGAGAGACAGAGAAUCCUCGCUGGCGGUCGCGCAUGCUACCCUCCAAAAACGAAAGUGCGUGAACGAGAGAGAAAGAGAAAGAGAGAGAGACAUUUUCUUCUCUUCUGCAUUUCUUGUAUUUUCUUUCGUUUCGUUUAUCCCCUUUAUUUUUUCUGGAGGAGGAAUCUGGAAGUUCUCAGAAAAGUAAAAGGAAGUAAGUAAGUAAGAGAAGAGGAGAGUAAUAGUGUGGUAGUGGUAGUGUGAUAGGAGUUAGUGCAGUAGUGUGGUAGUGUCGGAGGAGCAGGUUGGAUGCCGAGGAAAAAAAUUAAAUCGAGAGGAGGAACGACUUUGAUAGGUGUUUUAAAAGCGGUUAAGUUGUUAAGUACUGGCAACCAAAUGCGCGUACCGCAAAUCCUGUUUCAUGUUCAUGUUCUGGAGCAAACGGACGGUGCUCACUAGACGUCUCCUAAAGGCGAAGGUCCGUGGGGAGCAUGAAACCGAGUGUGAAGCUCAAGAGGAUUCGUCACGUAUUCAUCGCACAAUCGACACGACCGGCGCCGGAAACGACACGAGCGGCAACGUGACGACCACGGUACCGGCGGGCCAAACGAGCACCACCACCACCACCAGAGGAGCGUCUUCGUCGUCGUCGUCCUCGUCGUCGUUCGGCGGAAAAGGACAACGGGGAGGUGGAGGAGGAGGAGGAUCAGGAUUAGGAGCUGUUCGAACUUCAUCGAGCAGCAGCACGUCGAGUAGACUUCAUCAAGGUUGCUGCGGUGGGGAUCAAAGUUACGACGAUGACGAGUAUCCGAGUCGAUUGCUGAGGUGCAAGGAGCUCCUCAAGACGCUCAAGGAGAAUCAAUUGGAGAUGUUAUUGACCGCGGUCGAAAGUUGCGGCGCCGAUCUCGGCUCGUGCAUCUUAGUACCGAGACAACAACGGCCUUUCCGUAAUAGUAGCGAUUCCGAUAGCGAGAUCGACGAUCAACAACAACAACGUCAAUCGGAUAAUCAACAACUGGACCAGCAAUACCACAGACCACCACCACCACAACCGCCCAACCACAGGCACCAAAAUCAUUUGCAUCAUCAUCAUAAUCAUCAUCAUCUCAAUCAUCAUCGUAAUAAUUUGCGAUAUCAUCGGAGACGUCGUCGUUCUCCUGAAAACGGCGAGCAUCACCAGGUGCAAUAUCAGCAGCAGCAACAACAACAACAACACAGUAGUAAUAACAACUCACCUGAGGAACAAUCCUCUUCGAGAAAAAGAUACUCGGCCAACAGGGUACCGGUCAGAGGUUCGCUCGAGAACACAUCGAUGGAUCCACUCGUGCUCUGCUGCCAAAUCUGGCGAUGGCCGGAUCUCAUGCCCUCGGAAGAACUCAAGAGGCUUCCUAUCUGCCAUUCGGCUAAGGAUCCUGUCUACGUCUGUUGCAAUCCCUACCAUUGGAGUCGGCUCUGCAAACCCGAGUCGCCGCCACCCCCCUACUGCCUUAUCGCAGACAGGCUGAGACCAGAAGAUCGUGCGCCCAGCGAAGGGGAUCAACAACGUCGGUGCAAAAGCAACACGCCCCUGCUACCACUUCCCGGCUCUCUUACCACCAACGGAGAAGGCGAGACCGACCAAAAGGAAUGGUGCACGUUAGCGUAUUGGGAACUGGGUGGUAGAGUUGGUCGUCUUUACCCCGUUGAACCGUUAACCGUUAACGUAUUCGAUUCUUUACACGACGGCAAUGGUCUCUGUUUGGCAACGUUAGCAGAGAAUCACGUAGCACCACCCUCGGUACAAAAGACACGCAGUAAGAUCGGUCUCGGUAUCAUGCUGAGCCAAGAAGCCGACGGCGUGUGGGCGUACAACAGAUCGGAGAGUCCGAUCUUCGUGAACUCACCGACCCUAGACGAUCCGGAAUCGCGAACUCUCUUGGUCUACCGAGUGCCACCGGGCUUUUGCUUGAACAUCUUUGACCGAGCCAAAGUAAUCCAGCUUCCUUCUUCUUACACCGGACCAGGGUGCAAUUCGAGGAACAAUAACAAUGCAGCUUCCGGUUUUUCAUCCGGCCCUGUCGACAUUAACUCCGUCCGAAUCAGCUUCGCUAAAGGCUGGGGACCCAAAUACUCGAGACAGGAGGUUACCUCUUGUCCCUGUUGGCUCGAAGUUCUCUUAGCGCCGUGUAGGUGAUCCGCGAGUGAUCAUGCGAGGAUUAUUACAACCCUCGUUAAUUUUAUUCUCAUUUUACACAGUCCGUUUCUUCCUCAUAACUCGUCCUCGUAAAUUAUUUCUUAAAUCUGGUCGAAAGAACAAUUCAUUUCAAGAUCUAAAAGGAGAAAAAGAAAAAGAAAAAAAGAAAAGAAAAGAAAGAAAACAUUUUUCAACCAUCCAAUCGAAUAAUAAGUUUUGUCCGACCACGGAUUAAACAACGGAGAUGAACUUUCUUUUCUUUUCCUUUCUUUCUUUUUUUCUCUUGUAAAAUUGGAGGAACGAGGAAUCGGUAAAAAUAAACAGGACCGGGAGACGUCUUAUAAAUAAGAUCUGUAUUUCUAAACGGAGAGAGAAAUCCCCCCGCGCCCGGCAAAAUUUAUUAAUUUUAUGCCGUUUAGGGUGAUGUGUACAUAUUAUAUAUUCUUAACGACGAUCA